AAGAACUUGUUUCUAAAACAAAUGUUGGGUAUAGCGAAAGGCGCCGUUGUAAUUAAUUAUGGCAUUAUUCGACAGGCUUGCGAUCUGGAUGGGCAUCAGAAAGAAGGAAAUUAAUGUCCUUUGCAUCGGUCUUGAUAACAGUGGAAAAACAACGAUAAUCAACAAACUGAAACCCGCCGCGGUAAAGAGAUCUUGGAUCAUUAAAUGAAUCACAAGUUACGUCAAUUGAUCGAUCGAAGGACUUCCCUAAUUGUUUCUCUUAUUUCAGUCUCAGGCGCAAGACAUUGUUCCAACUGUAGGAUUUACAGUGGAAAAGUUUAUGUCACAAAGGUUAGUCUAUAAAAUUCGCUUUUCUUAACUACAAUUAGAAGCCUUAAUUUAGUAAGUGCGAGGUUUGCACGCCUUAGGAUACUGCCACCGGUACCGGACGACAGGCAAAAUCAAUUUCUUAACACAACUUUAAUUUAUACGUGUCUGCUUCCUUAAUUAUAGCUGGAAUUUUCGCACCCCGUUCAAUCAUAUCGUGUUAUCGGUCGAGGCUUAAAAUACUGAACUCAAGUAAAUUCUAUUUGUGGAGCAAGUUCAUCUGAUACUGCACGCUAGAAUUACAGUAACAUUAAAUAACAGUAUGAAAUAUACAAGGUUUUCCUGUGUGGAACAUAGUCAAAUCUUUUUUUUUGACAACUUUUUUCCAGGAACUUGCUGAUUUCACACAUUUGAAUACCUCUGUAUACCUUUUUAAUGCCUGUGGUAGUCAACGAAAAAAAUCUGACGAGCUACUUUCAUUUUUCUGAGAAACCAGUGUUUUCUUAUUUUACUUUGUUGGUUAGUGACACAGAUUAAUUCUCUCCGUGUAUCAAAAUCUAAAAUCAUUCAUACAUUGUAAAUUGCUUUUGUUUUGUUCGGUUGUGCCUGUUUUGCAGCCUCACCUUUACAGUUUUUGAUAUGUCUGGUCAAGGAAGAUACAGGACUCUAUGGGAACACUAUUACAAGUAUGUGUAUGAUAGCCAAUUUUUUUUUCUUGAUAGUAAGUUUUGUCUGCUUAUAACCAUGUAAAAAAUGGCCUGAUUUAAAUAUUUUUAAAUUCAGAAAUAUAUAAGAGACCCUAGUAUAGGUUAGAAUACAUAUAAUAUUACCAUGAUUUACAUCAAUUGGUAAAGAAAAUAAAAGACCCAAAGGCUUGUAAGCUUCACACAGAAGUGAUUAACAUGUAACUUCUCCAUAAAGUAUCCAUAUAAUAUCCAGCAGAGAGGUAGUGAGAAUACUCAAACUUAUCAGGUACAAGGUAUUAUAUUGAUUGAACACCCAGUUUUCAUAACCAAUUUACGAGGAAAUGUGUAGCUGCUAGAGGGGAGAAUUAACGAUCAGAUAUUAUGAGUUAAAGGGUUAAGUUUGUUUGUUUCAUUCCUCAAAGUGUGCAAGUGUUGUCCUAACUUGUUUACAUAUCAUGAAUUUGAAAUUUGGAAGUGAGCCAUUUUACAUCUCAUAUAGUGAGAGCUGAAAAGAAAGGGAGAUGAGAUCUUACUUAUAUCCCUUAUUUUUCUUCCUAACUUCAGCAUUAUAUUUUGUUAAAUUUCAGAACUGCACAAGCAGUAAUAUUUGUGCUGGACAGCAGUGAUCAGCUAAGAAUUGUGGUAGCCAAAGAGGAGUUAAAUAUUUUAUUACAACACCCAGGUGAGACUGAUACUGAACAUUUAUUAAACAUCUGCUAAAAUAUGCAUGUAAUGGAAUAUAAUUAUAUUUCUCAAAUUAAAGUUUAGUAUAAGAUUAGGUGGUCGAAUGAGCAUCCUUAAUGAAUCUUUAAUGUUUAUACAUUCGCAAAAAUUUGCCCAGAUAGAAUCUUCAAUUUUCAAAUAAAACUAAUUGUAGCAAUCUAUUCUAAAAUAUAACUUAUGGUUGAAUUAUUAUGAUUGUGUAACAAAAUAUUCAAGUAAUAUAGUUGUUUAUUUCCAGAAAUUGCUUCAAGAAGAGUACCUAUUUUAUUUUUUGCCAAUAAAAUGGAUUGUAAUGGUCUCUCACCAGUGCAGGUAUGAUGCUAAAUAAUUUUAGUAGAGAUGUUUUAUGAAUGUACAUGACAGGUAACACUGAAAUAAUUUGCAGUCUUUUUAACUUAAUCCUUUGACCCCUUGGAGUGACUAAUAUCUAAUUUCUCCUUUUGAUAUCAUCCCUGAAUCACACACUAAGGUCAUGAGAAUAAAGGAGAUGAUCACCAACUAAAUAAGCUCUUGACUGUUAAACAAAUUCUCCUUGUCAGCAUCUUAAGAAAUGUAGAGAGAACAGUAUGGAGAUUAUGCAUACUGAUGUUGGGGUGUUAAGGGUUGAGUGACUGCAGUUUGCAUAAAGAACACAAUCUGUGCCCUUAACAACCCUCCAUCUGGAUAUGUGCUAAAUUUAUAACCAGGAACAUACAGAAGGAAUCAUACCACUGGAUGCAAAUUAUCAGGGACUGUAAUGUAGUUAUACUUAGAUUCCAAUUGCUGCUUAACUCCAUCUUGUUGGGCAGUUAUUGAUACAAUACCAUGAGAAGAUAACUGAAUGUAUUAACAAGUCACUGAUCAUCAAGAAUAAGUUGUUCUGCGACAGUUGUAAUUAAGUAAAGCUAUCAGAGAUAUCAUUAUUUCUAGUAGAAUUCACCCAGUAACCUACACUGUCAUGUAAUGACAGGUAAGCAUAUAAGUAAGAUUGUUUAUAUCUUUCUUUCUGCGAAAUUAAGAGUGAAUUGAAUGUUAAAUUUACUUUUCAGUGUUCACAAGCAAUGGGCCUAGAUUCUAUAAGGAAUAAGCCCUGGCAUAUAUGGUGAGCUGCUAAUUUAACUGAUUUCUUAAGGAGCUGUUUUUCUUUUUCCCACGGGCUAAUUUUAAUUGGCAAGGUGCUUUUUGAGAGGGAGGGGAGGUGGGGCUUAAAAUUUAUCAAUUACAUGUUGUCAGUAGUUUUUAAUGAAUUUCGGACCAGAAUGCUCUCAAGUUUUAAAUUUUGCUUGAUCUGUAAUUCUCUGUGAGAAGAUUCAUUGUAAAUUUAUCAUUUGAAACAAAGGAAAAAACAAUAAUCAAGCUAUUGAUUUAAUCAUACAAACUUAAGAUGGCUGCAGUACAAUUUAUGUGUCAUUGGUUUCUUCAUUGAUUUGUCAAUGGUAUUUUUUGGUUGAAUUCAUAGUGCAAGUAAUGCUCUCACUGGAGAAGGACUCUCUGAUGGAGUUGAGUGGCUUGAAGGUAACUACAACACU